GGAAGUUGAGUUAUCAGCUGAUCCCGCUGGCUGUUGUUGAUGCCCGAAGUUGCUGUUGUUUGGACACUGUGUUGCUCUUAUCUGCUCCUGACAUUGAGGACUCGUUAACGCCGAGAAAGGGACACGGUGGGCAUUUACCGGCCGACGAGUUUAUGAGUAACAAGGGACGCGUUUCAUCGCGAGGAGUCGGGAAUUUGCGCACUAGCGGCAGGUACAGCUAGCUGAGCCUGAACGGAGCGAAGAAAGGGAGAAAAACAGCAAAGACAGCCGACGGCUUGGCGUGCUCUCUUUGUUUGUGUCGUGCCAGUCUGAACCGCUAUAUUACUUUCCUUUGUCUUGAAUUUCGGGAUUUUUUUUCCUCGCACAUACGUGAUUUAUAUUUAUACUUCGUUACCAGUACGCGAACUGGGCAGCUAGCUCGUCUGCUAACGUUAGCUGGUAGCGCACAGAAAACAGUGUUGUUGUCAAGAUUUGAUGCUUUUGUAACCGCUCGACUGUGACAAAUAAUAAGACAAAAAGGUAUCGGUGAGAGCUGUUGAGUUAUUUUCGUGCCUCUGUAUUUUUUCAGCCACUGGAUCAGGUGCCCUGUUGGUUUGUUGGGACGCAGCACCGCAAUGUUCAGUUAUUAAGCUGAAGCCUGUUGGAAAACGUUUGUGGCAAGUUUGAUUAUUACAUUUCACUGAAUUCAGGUUGUCGUCUUUUUAUCCGUAUCGAUUUUUAAACCACACAAACAAGCAAGGGGUUGAUUGACAGCUGGCCUUGUGCGUUUUUAGGUUUGCUGACAGAUUGCGUAAUUUGUUUGUGUCCAAGCUGUCGGCCAAUGCUGGCUAAGUUGUUAAAUUGUGAUUUAAAACUUGUGUAAGCUUCAGGCAGGUGAUAUUUUGAAUAUUUAACACUUUAUUAUUAUUCUCAUCUGGUACCGUUUUAAUGUCAAGGGCGUAUGACAUGAGAUAAAAAGGAGAUUUUUUUUUUUUUUUUACUGUAACCCAUAGACUGAGUAGCUGUUUGAUGCUCACACUCAUGACUUUGGCAGAAUUUGGACAGUAAGUAGACAGAGUUAUGAAUUAAGGCAGCCAUCUGGAAUUAUAGCUAGACAGUGCUGUGAGCAGGGACAGACAAGCAGGGAGAGAGAGGGUCCCUCAGAGGGUCCCAUUGUGUCUUGAGGUGAGGUGAGCUGACCCCCACUACUUGCCAAUGCUGGAUCUGGAGGUGGUGCCUGAGAGAUCACUAGGAAAUGAGCAAUGGGAAUUCGCCUUAGGGAUGCCAUUUUCCCAGGCCAUCUCUAUCCUUCAGAAACACUGCCGCAUCAUCAAAAAUGUCCAGGUGCUAUACAGUGAACAGACGCCACUCAGCCAUGACCUCAUACUGAAUUUGACUCAGGAUGGGAUUAAACUGCUGUUUGAUGCCACAAAUCAGAGACUCAAGGUGAUCGAAGUGUAUGACCUGAGCAAAGUCAAAUUGAAAUACUGUGGAGUCCAUUUCAACUCUCAGGCCAUUGCCCCCACAAUAGAGCAAAUAGAUCAGUCAUUUGGAGCUACGCACCCUGGAGUUUACAAUGCUGCAGAGCAGUUGUUCCAUCUCAACUUUCGAGGACUGUCCUUCUCCUUUCAACUGGACUCAUGGAACGAAGCUCCAAAAUACGAGCCUAACUUUGCCAUGGGUUUGGCCUCCCUGCAGAUUCCACAUGGGGCCAUGGUCAAGAGGAUGCACAUCUACACUGGCAACAACCUGCAAGAAACAAGAGCUCCUGCAAUGCCGUUGGCUUGUUUCCUUGGCAACAUCUAUGCAGAGUGCGUGGAUGUCCUGAGAGAUCAGGCUGGGCCUCUGGGGCUCAAACUCCGCCUUCUUACCGCAGGUUGUGGUCUCGGUGUGAUGACGGAUGCUAAAGUCAGGUCUCUAGAGAGGAGCAUCUUCUUUGGAGAUUCCUGUCAGGACGUACUGGGUGCUCUGGGCUCGCCACACAAAGUCUUCUACAAGUCUGAGGACAAAAUGAAGAUCCACUCUCCAUCACCUCACAAGCAGGUUCCUUCUAAAUGCAACGACUACUUCUUUAACUACUUCACCCUCGGAGUGGAUAUCCUGUUUGACUCGACAACUCACCUGGUUAAGAAGUUUGUCCUUCAUACCAACUACCCUGGACAUUACAACUUCAAUAUAUAUCAUCGAUGUGACUUUAAGAUUCCACUAGUCAUCAAAAAAGAAGGAGCCGAUUCUCAGACAGAAGACUGCAUCUUAACUACGUACAGCAAGUGGGAUCAGAUUCAGGAACUGCUCGGCCAUCCGAUGGAAAAGCCUGUAGUGCUCCACAGGUCCUCGUCAGCCAAUAACACCAACCCCUUUGGCUCCACCUUCUGCUUUGGACUGCAGAGAAUGAUCUUUGAGGUGAUGCAGAAUAACCACAUAGCAUCAGUGACCCUCUAUGGUGCUCCACGGACCACCAAUCAAGCCCGACCUGAGUCCAGCAGUAGUUCCCACUGAACAAGUAACCAGAACCCCAUCCCAUUCUGGCCUGUCCUGAAUCUAGUACUUCUACUGACUGAAUUUCUAAUCCAGAGCCAGAUUCUUAACCAAGCAGACUGAACCGAACAACGACGAUACUCUUGCCCAGCUCAGAUGCUACACAUCGAACAGAGAAACAACCAAGCCAGACCUGACGUGAAUCAACUUUUCCUGUUGGUUAUUUAUUCUUUCAAUCAGGCGCAUCCGGCUCGCCCAGUAAACCCAACUCAGACUAUCUUAGGGAACCCAAGAUUUAGUGACAUGGUCGCAGUGCUGGAGCAUCGAGCGUGCUUUGAAACGAAACCAAUGAAAUGUGAUUGUGGUUAACUAUCCCGGUAGUGCUGCAAGCUGACACAGCGAAGAAAUCUGCAUUCUGGUAGAGGGCAGCUGUUCCCAUCCUGUUACAGCAUUCUCGCCCAGUACCACAGAGAAGAGAGAGUUUGUCCAGACUGUAGGAUGUCAUGGUUCCACCAGUAAGAUGCAUCAGCAGACUGUGUGGGACAACAACCUCUUUAACGCUAUGGUGGUGAGACAACAAGCAUUUGAAUUCAUCUGCUGCAAACUUCAAAAAUGUUAGGCAUCAAAGUUAAUAUGGCCGCCUGCUGUGGCCAGAGUCUUGAAACAAACUCUGCUUCGACCCACUGGAUUCACAUCAACCAACCACACUGCCAGACCGACCGAUACCGCCUGUCUUCCUGCCUGAACUUCAGAACCAGACCCAACUGGCUCAGUCGAAACCCGGACACAGUCGAACCAAACCAAUCCAGCCCAACCACGAGCCAUCAGAGCCAAACGAAAGCUGCAGAGGACUUAAACCAAAAACAAAACAAACGUGAGAAUCACAACUUUGUCAUACAUGAGAAGAACCAAUCGCACUCAGGGUUUGGGGAGAGACGUGGUCCAGAAACGUAACCUGCUCGAACCAGAUGUGAAGCCUCUCAAAGCAUCCAAACAUCCCAACGCCGCCUCUCUCCGAUUAUCGUCUCCCUCUUCAUCUUCCUACAUGUCUUUCGACUUUGUUCAGUGGUGCCCACAAAGACACACACACACACAAGCACACACAGCAGUCGAUUAACCCACAGCUGCUGCAGCUCUGGACUUGUUCGUCUCUUUGCUCUCACAAACACCAACACAUAAAUACGCGUCUGCAUGUGUUGGGCCGCUGAUUUUAAAACUGACGUUUCGACAGACGUUAAUUCAAGCACAUACACACAGCAUUUCAAUCCCUCCGCUACUAUACUCACAUGUAUUUCUAAUACAUGAAAGCUGGUUUAUCUUUUUUAGCCUUUUAAGCGUGAAACAAACAGACAUGCAGGCAUGACACAAGAAUUUGCAUGAACUCGGCAGACCUUUUUGACUUAUUACAAGCACAAGCCUGUUUUGUUUCGAUGAGAUCUUCCUGCAUGCUGCGAGAGGCGUAAACUCGGCGCACACUUUCAUCAUUUCUCUCUGCCCUUUUUUCACUCAUUCAAACCGUGACCAUUUUCAUUGUGUACUGUCGUGUUUUUUUAAUCCAUUUUUACAUUUGCACUAAAACACACCUUUUUACUUGAUUGCUUGAUUGUGCCCUGUACUCAGAGACAGAUUUGUGGAGAAAUUUGGCGAGACAGUCUGUUUUAUUCGUAAGUUUGGGCAGAAGAGAGGCCCUCUUCAGUGUUCUCCAUCUUUCCUCCUUCAUCUCUCACAUCUGAUUUAUACAUUGCAAUUCAUCCGUCGGCAAUGUCUGCAUUUUAUUCCUUUGUUAAAUUGCCAAAUGCUACAGCCAGAGACAUUUCAGGAUGUUUUCAUAUGAUCUGCUGACAUUGUCGCUGUUAUCGCUUGUCUAAACUUGUCCUACGGAGAGAGUCGUGUGUUCAGCUGUCUCCGUUCUGUCGCUUCUUUUGUUUUAAACUUGCACAUCAAAGUCAUUUGCUGUGGUGAUGCCUCUAAAUUCAGCUCCUGCUUUCUGAAACUGCUGGCAGUAAUUACACAACAUGAAUAGAUGACUUUGAAACCUCUCAGUCCUUCUGUUGUCUGGAUUUGAUUACAGCUAAACGUAAAUUAACAAAAGGCAGUCAGCAGACAUCUUGCGUAAGUGUCUGCAUGCGGGGUGGUUAUUGUUGUCAGUGAGCUGUAAUUUAAAGAGUUGCCGUUGUUUCUCUGUGGAUUUAGAACCCAUUUUUGGAAAUGGGGAAGAGCGUCAGUCAUUCCGUCUUCAUAACAUGUGACUGCUUCCCCUCAAUGUAUAAAUUUACAUUCUUUUUAAUUACAAGCAAAUUAAUAAACUGUGUAUUAAUUUGAAUACACAUUCUCUUUUAUUGUUCCUUGGUACAAAUGCCGCUUGUUUUUAAUUUCUCUCACUUUUUGCUGAAAAUUUGUGAUUGUUUGCAUCAUCUUGUGUGGAGGCAUCAGGGUGGAAGUCGGGGCCUGUAUACAUGAUGAAAUGAUGAAAAUACUUACAGGGUGUGUUUUUUAUUGUCAUCGGUUAUGAGUUAGUGUCAGUUGGAGCAGUUUUAAUUGAAUUUUGGCAUUCAAACUUGCUCCAGUAAAACUUCCUUUCUAGGAUCUUAAAUGUGUAACCCCAGUUGGAAAAGUGAAAUGAGUAAUUAAUAGGAUUUUUUAAUUCAUCUUUGGAACCAAAUAGCAUCCCAAUAUGUGAGUUAGAUUUUACUUAGAAAACAUCCAACAAGGAAAGAGUCACAAAUAGGUUUUAUCAUUAUAUCAGAAGAAAAUAAACUCUGAUCUGAUGGAUUUGCAGUUUGAUUUAGUGUAAUUCCUAAUUGAGGGUAAAUCAUGAAAUGUACUGUUCUGAGAAACCCUCUGAUUGUCAUGUAUUCUGGCCCUAAUGCUUAAAGAGUUAAUGUCGAUGUACAAAUGCUGUAAAUAGUCGUGUUCUCUUAUUCUGGUGUCCUCUUAUUUACAUGAUGUUAAUGGCUUGGCAUUCACUCAGGCACUCGCUGACUAUCUUAACAUUUCCUCCUUGAUUCUGAUUAGAUUAAACUCAGGAGGAAGAACAUACUCACAGCUGACUCAUUAAAACAAUCACUGGAACGAUUUUAUUAUUAUUAUUAUUAUUAUUGUUUUAAUUCCAGACCACUCAGUAUUGAAAGGUUUUCAUGUGCAAUGCUAAGGCUGCAAGUAUCCAGAAGUAUUGGGGGGCCAGUAGGAAGCCCUGCUUGAACUACUGCUGCAGGACGUUUGAUCCACAGAAACGGCAUAAAACUCAAAGCUCCAUUUCCACAGGCAGGGAAACCAGCAGUACUUCUUCACAUUUGGACUGGAAGAGAGCUCUGGUGGAGAUGUUUGGUAGAGUGGACAGACUGGGAUUUGAAGUCUAGCUUUGGCAUGUUGCUAGAUUUUAUGUCUGCUUGUUUACGCGAGUAAAAUAUCUCCGGCUAGCCAGACUCCCUCCUUGUUGAGGUGAUGUGGUUUCUGAAGGCGGGAUGUUCCGCUGCUUGGUUUCUUAAACUGGGAGCCCAAAAGCUAGGGUAAUAUUUCAACAUUUAAUGCCAACAAAUAUAAGCGUUUUUCUCACUGGGCUGCCAGGUUUCAGAUGUUUAGGAGAGACGGAUGCCCUGUAUCCUCUGGUGAGCUUGUUUCCUACUCCUGUUGUGGUUCGUCCCUUGUCGUAUAAGGAAACAGAUGUAAUGCUACCGUCAUGAAUGCUAUAUUCAAAACAUUUCCUUGCUUUUGUGCAAGCAAAUAUGGGAAAAUCGAGAAAAAAAACCAACACAAAACUGUUGAACAUUGUGCCUCAUCUCCCACCGAGCCUGUCUUUGACUUCUGUCUCUAUCUCCUCUGUAAAAAAAAAAAAAAAAAGGAAUCUCCUUGUACAUACGAUUUGAGAAUGCAUUUGAACUGCAUUAUUGUACAGUAUGUAUGUGUGCGUGUCACUGAGCACUAGCAACAAGCUAACAUGGUAUUAUGGCCGUCUCAGUCAUUUUAGUUUCCCUUUUAUCUGCAGAGUGGCAGGUUGGGUUGGGUUUCCCAGAAUGAGGAUGCUUGUCUUCUUAGCCAUGGGAGUGUUUGUGCUCUUUUCUGUUCCCCUGUUUUAUGUGGGAUGUUUGUUUGUAACUACACUAAACACCCACUACAAUGUAAAGUAGUUAUUGUGGAAUACAUGAUUGGUGCAGUGCAGUUUUGCCAACAUCAACAACAACAAAAAAGUUAAAGGAUGGAAACUGAUUUUUUUUUAAAAGUGUAUGUUCACAGAAGAUUUCAGUUAAAACCUGAGGGAAACCAGACUAUCCUUUGUCUGCCUCCACCCUCUGGUGUAUUUGAGUGAAUUGGUCAUCGCCCAAAAGAUCUUUGCUCCAUUGGAAGCAGAUGGGACAAAGAUGAUAUGAACAGAAACGGAGGCAGCAGCGAAUGAAGUAAAUCGAGAUGCUUCUUUGAGAUAAUGUACAUAAAUAUUUUGGGAACCGAUCUUAGGUGCUGACAGAGGAAGAAAAAAAAGGUUCUGCUUAUCAUUAACCCAGUUUUGGGAAGCCCAGCCCAGUGCCAUUGACGGUCAUUGCUGUGAUGAAGCAUUGCUACUGAGAGACGGAGAGAGGAGCUGUAGGGUGCUGGGUAAUUCACCCAAACUCAGGUGGACAUAUCACAUCCUUGUUUUUCUAAAAUUUUUAGGAAAGGAAAAACAAGUGAAAAAUUAAAUCCGGAGGUCUGUGUGUGGCUUUUUUUCACUGAAUGGAGGAAUGAGUGAUUAUCAACAAUCAGAUUGUUGUAAUUUAUAAUGGACUGCUUCAGUUUAAUGAUAAUCUCAUAUUAACGCUUUGUAUCGUCUAUUCUUGGUAUCAUAUGUUUUGUUGCCCAUCUCCCUUACUUCCCUAUUUUUUUGUGGACUCCAUUUCUGGAAAUGGGUCAGUCAUACUUAACAAAAACUUGUGAAAUUCAUUGGAAUGUGGCGUUUUAUAUUUUGAAUACUAUAACUUUGUGUAUGAAGAAAUAAGUAGAUUUAUUCAGCAUGUCCACUGGGGGGGAAAAAAGGCAAUAACAAUAUCAUGUAGUGCAAAGAGAAAGAUUAGGCUGACUGAAAGCUUUGCUCCUGAACAUGAGGAGAUGUGCUCCUGCUGUGCAAUCUCUAACAACUCCAAUGCAACAUUUGGUCUUUAUGAAAUCCAAUGCUCACUGUUCAUUGACAUCAAAGUUCAUUUUCUGUGUGUGCAACCAGGAUAUGAAAAAAAAUAACAAUAAAAAAUGUGGAUGUGAAAA